AUGUCUUUCGGAAAAACUUCCACUUUCAUACCUUUCAUGCGGAAUUACGAAGAAACCAUUUCAUGCGGUCACAAGAAACCGUCUCAUGCGGGGUGCGCAGCUAUUUGUUGGAUAACAUCACACUCGAUGUCAUUGGAAUCAAUGGACGUUGUAAAAUGCAUGCAGAUUGCUUUCCUCUCCUUCAUAAAUCGUGUGACAGACCCUGCGAACAAAAAGAAAACCGAGAUUGGAGGAGGUCAGAACCAUAUACCAUUGUCGUGUCAUACAUACAAAUAUUACCUCAAUGGUGUUAACAUUGUUCACGAGCUCCUUCAACAACAAAUUUUAUGGGGUAGGUCCCCGGAAUUGAAGGCCCCGGAGUUGGCAUCAAAAACGCCGUACAUCAUUUGCGACACAAUGCACACACC